AUGAGAACUGUAGGGAUACUGCUCUAUGAUGAAUUUGAAGCUUUAGAUGCCUAUGGGCCCUACGAGUUUCUGUCUGGAAAUCCGUUUAUGAAAUCGCAUUUCAAAGUGGUAACAAUUACGUCAGAUGGCAAACCAGUCAAGAUUCAUGUGGGACAACAGGUCGAGGCUCACUAUUCUUUCGAAUCGUGCCCUCAUCUGGAUGUACUCUUCAUUCCCGGUGGCAAUGGUUGUGAAAAUGUAUUAAAGCACCAACCAACGAUGGACUUUGUAAAGACUCGAUCCGAGAAGGCAGAAUUCGUUUGGACAGUUUGUACGGGGUCUUGGAUACUGGCUGCUACUGGACUAUUGGAUGGCAAAAGGGCAACUAGCAAUAAAAUGGUUUUCGCAAUGGCAAAAGGAGUUCGUCCUCAAGUAAACUGGAUUGAAAAGGCAAGAUGGAUUGAAGAGGGCAAAUAUUGGACAUCCUCAGGAGUGUCUGCUGGAAUGGACAUGAUUUUCGCCGCUAUCUCGAAACUGGUCUCGCCUCAAGCAGCCAAAAAUGUUGCAGAUGCUAUUGAAUAUGCACCACAUACUGAUGCUAGUUGGGAUCCCUUCUCGGAAAUGUAUAAGGGCACUCCAGCCAAGCUGGAAGUUGCUAAACCACCAACCAAGAAAACAAUCGGAAUCUUCCUAUAUGACAUUUACGAAGCCCUAGACGUCUAUGGUCCCUAUGAGCUUCUUGGGUGCCCACUUUUGGAGCCAUUCUUCAAUAUCGUGACGUUUAGCAGAGAUGGCAAGCCAGUCAAGAUUCACGUGGGACAAACCGCAUAUGUGGACUAUUCACUGGAGAGUUGUCCACCUUUGAAUAUUUUAUUCAUUCCUGGAGGAUUUGGUACAAUUCGAGUGCUCUACGAUUUCGAAACACUGGCAUCAUUGAAGGCGAAAGCCGAAAGGGCUGAAAUGGUUUGGACGGUUUGCACUGGAUCGUGGAUUUUGGCUCAAACUGGCUUGCUAUAUGGAAAACGUGCCACUAGUAACAAGAUGCUCUUUUCAGUCACCUCUGCGUUUAAGAACAUUGAUUGGGUCGCUAAGGCGCGAUGGGUGCGCGAUGGCAAGUAUUGGACUUCAUCUGGAGUCUCUGCUGGCGUACACGACAUCGUCAAGGAAGAAUUGGAAAAGGGAUACGAAGCAUUCCUCAAGGGUGAUGUUACCUACAUCAUGAAGAACUUGGCCAGCGCAGACAUCCCCGUCACAGUCAACACACCCGGACUUUCCGUAUCCGGUCAACACAAAUUCACCGAAUACUUGGCUGCCAACCAAAAAGCUUUGGCCGGUGUCUCCAACAUGAAGAUUGAGCUUAUGGAAGUCAAGUUCCACCCAGGCAACAAGGCUGAAGCUAUCCUCCACACCAACUUCACCAAGGGAGGCAAGACCUACGAUGAUGCCAAGGAAUCACAGAUCUGGUCAUACAGCGAUGCUGGAAAAUUGACUGCCAUGGUCACUGAAUACCACGAUGUCGAAACUGCCAAGAUGUUACUCGCUUAA